AACCCUCGUUUCCUAGCUAGUUUUUAAACCCCUCCAUGCGACCCAAUUUUCAAACUCAUAUGCUUUUGGGAGUUUAAGAUCACUCAGACAAGUCAUUUUUUUCAUUCAGGACUAAAACAAACAGAUGGUGAACCUAGUGGCACUUCAGCAACCCUUGCUGCAUGGCCUUAUGAAAAUGGCCGGGGUCCGACCUUACGCGGUCCAGAUCGAACCGUGCACGGUUAUGAAUUUCUGGGUCCCGAACGAGACCCUCAACAAACCCAAGAAGGGGGAAAAACCCGCUAUGGUGUCGGGUCCAACAAAGCCCGUGGUGGUCCUCAUCCAUGGGUUCGCGGCCGAGGGGAUAGUGACGUGGCAGUUCCAGGUUGGUGCUUUGACCAAAAAAUACUCCGUCUAUGUCCCCGACCUCCUCUUCUUCGGCGGCUCCUCCACCGACAACCCCGACCGGUCGCCGACGUUCCAGGCGGAGUGUGUGGCCGCGGGGUUGAGGAAGCUCGGGGUGGAGAGGUGCGCGGUGGUUGGGUUUAGUUACGGCGGGAUGGUGGCGUUUAAGUUGGCCGAGCUGUACCCGGACCUGGUGGAGUCCAUGGUAGUAUCCGGAUCGAUCUUGGCCAUGACUUGCUCAGUCAGCGAUGCAACGAUGGAGAGGCUCGGGUUUUCGUCGUCGUCGGAGCUUCUACUGCCAAGCUCGGUGAAGGGGCUCAAGGCUCUGCUGUCUGUUGCUGCUCAUAAGAAGCUGUAUUUUCCUGAUCGGCUUCACAAGGACUUCCUUGAGGUGAUGUUCACCCACAGGAAGGAAAGGGCAGAACUCCUUGAAGCUUUAGUCAUUGAUACCAAGGACCCAACCAUCCCCAAAUUCCCACAGAGAAUACAUCUGUUAUGGGGUGAAAAUGAUCAGAUAUUCAACCAGGAGCUUGCCCACAACAUGAAAGAGCAAUUAGGAGAAAAUGCAACAUUUGAAGGCAUAAAGAAGGCAGGCCACUUGGUUCAUUUGGAACGGCCCUGUGUUUACAACAGGUGUCUCAAGCGAUUUCUUGCUUCCCUGCAGCACGAAGAAUAUGGAGCCCCAAAAAAGGGACAAUGAUUUCUCACUCCUACUUGCUUCCCUGCAGCAUGAAGAAAAUGGAGCCCAGAAAAAAGAGAGUGAUUUCUCACUCCUACUAUAUAUUUUUAUUAGUUUAUCUACUAUUUUCUGCAUGAAUCAAUUCACUGCUUAGUGUACAAGUAAUGUGGAAGGCUAUCUUAGUGUUGAGUUCUGCCAUCUGGUUAAACUUAUGAUACAAUUUGAAUAUAUUUUCUUAUGGGCCACUUCAUACUUA